AUGCCACCAUCACCACCGCCCACACCCCGCACUGCCACUUUUCUGGGCAUCGGGCGACCGCGUGCGCCCACGCCAUCCGAGGCCGAGCCACUGCUAGACGAACCAGGCCCUAGCAGAGCGAGAUCCGUCUCGCUCGCGCAGAGCAUUGCGUCCGUCGCGUCUUUUGUCUCGGCUGCCUCCAGUACGGGUCUGAGCGUGUCGAGAAACCAUUCACGGAAUCCGAGUUUGACUCGACCCAAAUCACCUCGUACAGAUCUCGACCCACAAGAAGAAGACGAACUGGACUCGGACGAUGAUCCACGCGCAUCCUUCGCGUUCUCGGAUCUCGAAGAAGACCUCGAUUGGGAUGGCGACUGGGACGAGGCAGGCUCUGAUGAGCCGCUAAUGCGUCGCCGACGUCGUGACGACGUUCCAGGGGAGCGCGCAUUGUGGGAGCUCGUGCCGGCACUCGUGCUUGCGCACCCACUCGCGCUGUUCCCGGCACUCGCGGCGAUCCCACAUGACUUCCUGCCCGCCGGCGUGGCACUAUUUGUGCCCCUUCUCUGUGUCCUCGCACUCCUGUCUGCCUGCGCCCAUAUUGUCAUUGUGUAUCUGGGCUGGUACCUCAACGUACACACGUUCGAAGACGUGUUCGCAAAAUGCGCAGGCGAGCGUUUCGGACCGUACGGCCUCCAAGUCGGGCGCGCCUUUGUCAUGUUCGCGUCUAUGGGCGCGAGUGUGGGAUGGCUGGGAACUCUAUAUGGACUCUUUGAGCCGCUCGCCCGCACAUACCUCCCCUCCGGGGUACUACAGACGCGUCUGUUUUGGCUCCUCGUGGCCAGCGCAACCAUGAUUCCCGCGCUCGUCCCAUCUCGCAGUUUCCGGAGCUUGCGGCCAGCACUCUUCGCCCUGGCCCUGAUGCUCCCAGUUGUCGCGUUUAUCGCUAUUGGGCGCACCGUUGAGGUCCGCAAGCUGAUUGACGAGGCCGACUACGCCAAGCGCGCACUGAGUGUCCGGGGUCUCAACGCCGGAUCAGCAGGCUCAGGCCUGACCUCCCUGGCGAUGUUCUUCACACCCCAUCUCCAGUCCCUGUCGGUACACACGACGCUGCAACGUAAUUCGCGGCAGCGGUUCUUUAUCCCCUGCUUUGCGACGACUCUGGCUCUCGUCCUCAUCUCGCUCCCCUUCGCCCUCGUACCUUACUACCUUCUCCCGCCAGCCCCGACGGGGCUCGCCCAACUCCCCGAUGACGACGGUUGGACGAACGCGGCUCGGGUGCUAAUGGCCGCACUUGUACUCGGGUCCACUACCAGCUGGCUCUUGCGGGGCCGCGAUUGCAUCCUGACCGCGCUGGACGUGGACAGGGGUGAGAGCAUCAAGGCCGGCCGCUGGGUCGGACUCGGCAUGUGGGUCGCUGUUGUCGCGAUCGCCGCCCUCGGCGGGAUUGUGGCGGACAAAGUUGAACUGCUGGGCGUGAUGGCGACCCUGGCCGUCGGCUGGCUCCUUCCCUCCCUCUUCUUCAUCAUCACCUUCCACGUCCGCUCCCCACUAUCCAUCAUCUUCCCGCGCGACGCGCCGCCACCACCGCCAGAAGAACCCAUCACCGUCGCCGGCCCAAGCAACAUUCACGUCCGCACCGCGUCGCUCGACGACCCCGCCACCGACGUGCUCCUCGCGCGCAAGGAGCACCAACUCCAGAAGCGUCGCCUCGGGCGCCGCUUGUGGCAGGAUAUGGUCGUGUACGUCGGCAUCCUUCCGGUCGGGUGUGUUACGCUCGUGUGGAGCGUCGGGUCUUUCCUUGGUCUCUGGUAG